AUGGAUCUGAGCCUCAAACUCGUGCUCGAAGAAAUCCAGAAGUCGAAGGAGGAAUUUGGCCACCGAUUCGUCAAUCUUGAGUCCGCCCGUUCUACCCUCGACGUCGCCACCGAGAAGCGCCUCGUCGCCCUCGAAUCUGGCCACACCGUCUUGGAUCCUACCGUCGAGUGCCGCUUGUCCGAGCUCGAGUCGCUCCACCUCGAGCCGAUCCAGUCUGAGCAGGACCUCUGCGUCUCCGCCUUGGGAGCUGCCAUCACUGACUUGGGGAACUGGCGCCCGGAGACAGAAGUCGUCGUCGACGACCUUCGACUUGAGGUCUCCAAGCUCUCCAAGCACUAG